GAAAGCCACGAGCUCCUGAGUUUUUGUGCGAGCGAGCGAGCGCGCGCGUGUGAGUGCCUGUGCGCGCGCAGGAGGGAGGGAGCGAGAGAAGCGGCUCAAGCGAGAGCAACUCCUGACUGAAGAGAGAGUCUAGCCCGGCAGCGCGCCACAGACAAGACUCGUAAACGGGGAGAGAAUGAGAGCGCGAAAGCAGCAGCAGCACCGCCACAGCCACCACCACCACCACCAGCAGCUCUCCUCAGCUCAGGCAGCCGCUCGACACCAGCUGCAGCAGCAGGCGCACGACUAGAGGCAGGGGAGAGGAGGGGAGGGGAAAAGGAAAGAAAAAGGCGGGGAGUGGAGGCUGAAGGGGCCACAGAGGCAAAUUCCCUGAAUUAUCCCCCUCCUCCUCCUCUCUCUCUCCCGCUCCCUGGCUCGCUCAGCCACCUACCCGCUCAGCCACCUCGCUCGCUCCUCCUCGUCAGCCUCGCUCCCUCCCUCCCUCCGCUGCUUCACUCACUCAUUCCCGUCCCCCCUCCUUUCUCUCUCUCCCUCCUUCCCCCCUCUCACUCACUCACUCACUCCUCCGUCUCACUUUCCCCCCCUCCUCCUCCCCUACCUCUCUUCUCUCCCCUUGUUUUCUCUUUCUCCCCCCUCCCACCCCACCCCCCUUUCUUUCCCUCUUUUCCCUUUUUUAAUUUUCUUUUCCCUUUCCCCCCUUCUCUCUCUUUCUCUUUUACCUCAGCUUCUGCUUGCUGGCACUGCACUGCAGCUGCUCCUUCAGCCACUCGUCCUGCCUGGCUUCCCACCCCCCCACCCCUUUCCUCCCCUCCCCACCCACCCAUUUCACCGGUGCCAGAUAAACAAACCCUCCUCCUCCUCUUCCUCCAGCCCCCCCAAAGCCCCCCCAUCCUUUUGGGGAAAGGGGGUGUUGGACUUGCCAGAUUAGCUUGAGCUUUUAAAAGGAGGACAAGAAGAAGCCCGAAAGAAGCGGGACGAGCCCCCCUUCCUUCCUCCUCCCCCCUCCCUGCUCCCCCCCCCCACCCCGAAGGGAGAAGCCAGUUAUCCUUCUCGCGGCGGCAGCAAACAUGAUGGCGGCAGCUCCCAUCCAGCAGAACGGGACCCACACUGGGGUGCCCAUAGACCUGGACCCGCCGGACUCUCGGAAAAGACCACUUGAAGCUCCCCCCGAAGCCGGCAGCACCAAAAGGACCAACACGGGCGAGGACGGCCAAUAUUUUCUAAAGGUCCUCAUACCUAGUUAUGCGGCUGGAUCUAUAAUUGGGAAGGGAGGACAGACAAUUGUUCAGCUGCAGAAAGAGACUGGAGCUACCAUCAAGCUCUCUAAAUCCAAAGACUUUUAUCCAGGUACGACAGAGCGGGUGUGUUUGAUCCAGGGAACAGUGGAAGCAUUAAAUGCAGUUCAUGGCUUCAUUGCUGAAAAGAUUCGAGAAAUGCCUCAAAAUGUGGCCAAGACAGAACCAGUUAGCAUUCUGCAGCCUCAGACAACCGUCAAUCCGGACCGCAUCAAACAAACAUUGCCAUCAUCCCCAACUACCACCAAGUCCUCUCCAUCUGAUCCCAUGACCACCUCCAGAGCUAAUCAGGGAAAUAAGAAUAAAAUAUUUUUGAGAAUCUGAAUCAUUCAAAUUUCUAAGAAAAGGGGCCACAUAAAUAUGUGUGAGUAUGCAAUCUUACUCUGUUUUCUUUCUUGUUUAAUGUUCUAUUGAUUUCAGUGGAAAUAUAUUUCAAAUUAAUAGUGCAUAGAAAUUUAUCCUUCAUCUUGAUCUUAAAUAACUUUUGAAAACACACCCAAAGACCUGCUUGGUAAGAUUAGAUUACCACACCACAUCAGUAAUCUAUGAAGCUUGGAACACCCCGACCACAUCAUUCUUUCCCAUGACAUUGUAAGCAGACAAAUUGAGAGGGUUUGGUCUGGUGUGGAAAUGAACAUGAUCAGGGCAUCUACAUUUGAUCAGUUUCCAUAUAUUGCCAUAGCAAGGAGGGAAGCAAGCACUAGGUACUUGGUUUUUUUGACAGCCACACAGUCACUUUGGUAACAUAGCUUAUCCUUUUUUAUAAUUCAUUCCAAUAUGCCCACAUAUUGUUUCUAUAGUGGCUAGUAUGAGGAAAUGGUGUACAGGGAAGUUAAGCAAAGAGGCCAGUCCGAAAAUUCUUAGAUUCUUGUGAAUGUUAGAUAAAUAACUUGCCUCUUUUUUUUUUAGGACAGUUUGGGCCUACUGGUUCUUAGUGAUAUAUAGGGGUCCAUUGUGCUUCCAUAAUGAAGUGUUUCCCCAGGCAACCUUAGUAAAGCCAGAUACAUUUCAGUGGUGAUUCUUUUUUUCUUUCUCUGUUUUUCCCUAGGCGUCUCUGUUGGAUAUAGGGUCAAUGACAGACCAGCAACCAGUGAUUAUUCUAUGGUACAUUAUUUUAUCUCAGCUUAUCCCCAGGGAAAUACCCUAGAUGCAUCAAUGCCUAACCACAUUCCCCCCCCCCCUCUGCUAAAUUGCUUCACUACCAGGAUAGGGAACAUUUGUCUCUCUGAUGUUGUUGGACUACAGACCCCAUUAUACCUGAUCAUCGGACAUGCUGGCUGGAGCUGACAGGAAUUGGAGUCCAGCAAUAUCUGAAGGUCCACAGGUUCCUCAUUACUACCUUCGUAUUCUUAGGUGUUUUUGAAAAGCUUAAUAGUCACCCAAACUAAGGGUGCAUGAAAUUCUCUUUGUAGAACUAGGCAUAAAAAUCCUUCAUCAGUUUAGAAUACAUAAUUGUUAACCAAAUUUCUUUGUUUUCUAGAUGAUUCAUUUGAAGAAAUCAGUAUUGACCAAACUUGCUGCUAAUUUUAAAACAGAGGAUGUGGAAACCAUAGAAACAUUGUGUAAUUUCUCAAGGAGGUUCAAGUUCAUUUUGUAGAUGUAGGAUGAGAAUUCUGAUUAUAAGCACAUGAACAAAAACUUGAAUCAUAGAGUUGGAAGAGACCACAAGGGCCAUCCAGUCCAACCCCCUGCCAAGCAGGAAACACCAUCAAAGCAUUCUUGACAUAUGGCUGUCAAGCCAUAAAUAAAGAUUAGAAUAAUUUAAAAGACACAAACAUACUACAUAUUAGGGGAAAAAUUGCACUGUGUCAGCGACUCAGAAUUUACAUAUUCCAAUAGUUUCUCGCAUUAACCAGAGGAAAAUAAGAAAGAGAUUGAUAUAUACCUAUUAAUAUGCUAAAUACAUCAUUCUCUGAUGUUAUAAAGAUGCAAUGAAAACACAAUCUGAUCAACUGACACAAAACUCUAAAACUGUGAUUCCCGAUUACUUUGGACCCCCUGUUUUUCAAAAGCCAAGCUAUGGACUUGGUUUCUAUAGUAGUUUUUGUGAUGUGAAUGGCACCACGGACCCCUGGGUGGGUGACACAGAGUUCCUGGGGUCCAUGGACUAUGGACCACCAAUUGGGAACCAAUGUUCUAAAAGUGUCUUCUGGAGAAGUUUUUCAGGGGUACAAUGUUCUCCAGUGUCUUCUGGAGAAGUUUUUCAGGGGUACAAAGAGGCUUAGCGCAGGAGGGAGAAAUAAAUAUCCAUUGUGUGAGGCUCCUUCCAGUCACAAAACAUUGGAUUAAACUAAAAGAAUAUUUUAAGGUGAGUUUGGGGCUACAUUUUCUUAGUGAUCUAUAGGGAUCUAUUGUGCUUCCAUAAUCUUUUAAGGUGGUUUAAUAUCCUAAUAUAGGGACGUGGGUGGCGCUGUGGGUUAAACCACUGAGCCUCGGGCUUGCUGAUCAGAAGGUCGGCGGUUCGAAUCCCCGUGACAGGGUGAGCUCCCGUUGCUCAGUCCCAGCUCCUGCCAACCUAGCAGUUCGAAAGCACUCAAAAGUACAAGUAGAUAAAUAGGUACCACUACAGCGGGAAGGUAAACGACAUUUCUGUGUGCUGCUCUGGCUCGCCAGAAGCGGCUUUGUCAUGCUGGCCACAUGACCUGGAAGCUGUACACCGGCUCCCUCGGCCAAUAACGCAAGAUGAGCACUGCAACCCCAGAGUCGGUCAUGACUGGACCUAAUGGUCAGCCGUCCCUUUGCCUAAUAUCCUAAGAUAUAAACAAGCCUUUUCACUAUGCUUCUUAACACAUGUGAGCAAACAAACCAGGAAGUCAUUCUUAAACCAGCUUCACACCAUGGCUUAAUAUUGGCUUGUACCAAUGCAUAGCUCUCCUCUCUCUACUAGUUGCCGCCCCUGAUGUCUGCAAUCUUCCUUCUCUCUCCAUGGGUCCAAUGUAACCUGGGGAAAGAGCUUAAUUCAUUCACAAGCAAGUCUCUGAGUCUGAAUCAAAGAACUUCUAGAAGCUGCAUAGUCUACCUUCUAUUUUCAAAUAUCUGAAGCAGUUGUGCAUCCUUUGUGCAUCCUUUGUGCAUCCUUUUCUACACAACAACCAAAUGAACAGCCAAAGUAUUUGCUAUUUAUUUCAUAUUAACAUUAUAUAAUAUAAUUUUGAAUUUUCUCCCAGGUAUAAAGACUUCAACAUUAAUCAAUGAAAACCAGAAAUAUUCCUUUUGUGCCUUUCCAAACGAAGGCAAACUGUGUAUUCAAAGAUCACCAGCCUAAGUACCACUGUAAUUUAUUUUUUGUAUCAUUUUAGGUAGCAAUAUUUUAAAUUUCUAAAAUGUUAUCCAUACAUGAAUAAAUCAGGCUAUUUGCUCCUCUACAUGUUCUGAGAUGAUCAGGAUGUAUCUAAAAAAAACAACCCAGUGUUUUGAAAGAUGUUAUAUCCCCCUUAGUCUUAGUCAUUGGAGCAACAGGUUUUAAUAGCCAAUAAGUACCAUUUUAAAUCAUCUUCUUGAAUAAGCAUAGGCCAUAUAAUUCUACACUGUAAUCUCUCUAUUCAACUCAAUUACUUUUAGUCGAACUAGAGCAUAUCUUUUAGAAAUACUUUGUGCCAUUGGUGCCACACAGCAGCCAUAAAGCUAAUGGAUUGAGCUCUCUAAAGAUUCAGCUUGUGUCCAAGGAAGUCAUGUGAUAUGAGAUCAUUUUCUAUUAAUUCUUCCUUAGUUUUUGUUGGAAAAGCUUCUGCUGAAGCAUUCAUUCGGAUAGUGGCUGCAGGAGAUGAUGGGUCUCAGAGUAACAGUCUGUUGCCUAGGGAACGUAGGAUUAAAUACUAUUAGUGUGAGUCUUUGGGGUGCAAAAUAUAUAACAGAAAGUUGAAUCCUACCCAUGAGUCCCAAAUAUGGAUUCAAAUAGCAUUAUAAUCUUUAUCAAUUACAAAUACUAAUGUGCAGCUUUAUAUAGCUGCCAGCCUGUUGGUCCUCAGUCUAGUUAUCCCAGCUACCAAUGUGACUUGGUAACUACCUUGACUGGGUGACUCAACUGUGGCUCCAAAUAUUGGCUUAGUAGUCCACAUUAAAGGUCUCCUAAAGAGGUUCUGCAUGCAUUAUCAUCACCAUUUCCUAAGUAUUUUCAUAACGCUAUUAUUACCACGGAUACAUUUAGAAAGGUUGGAGGAAGGCCAGCAACUCCACUUUUUCCAAUUGUGCCCCCUCUCCUGGGUCACAUUGAGCUUGUGAACUUUGACAUGCUGGUUUAAAUAACCCACUCUUCUCCAUUCAGGUUGCAUCAGAAAUUCUCACCCAUUUCACCUACAUUCUUCUCUCUCAUGCACAUGCACUGAACUUGCCAAUUGUCACCUAAUUAUCUUUCAGAAAUGAAGCAAAGCUGAAACAUGUACCGCCAUAUCUGGUGGUGCAUAGUACCGCAAAAACAAUUCCUCUUUCAAUCGGAGAAUGAGAAGUAAAAAAAUUUCAAUUACCCAUCCCCAUGGACAACCAGCUGAUUCUGCAAAGCCUGGAAUAGGAUGUCUAUCAUAGCUCACCACAGAUACUGCCCAGGGCCAGUGAGGUUGGUUACUUACACCAUGUCUCAAGCCCAUUUGUCUGAACUCAUGAGACCUGGAACUGAGGCUUGGUGUAGCCAACUUCUCCACCAAACCUGUCUCUACUGCUUUGAGAGAUAAGAGCAAAAGCACACACAAGCAUACAAACACUGUACACGUACUUGGGUAGGUGGAAAUUUAAUCCAAUUUUCUAAAAGUGUUCUAGGAAUUUAAAGAAUUGAACUAAUUGAAUAUUAUUAGAUAGAAUGCCGUUAAAUCUAUACAGAUUUAUCUGCACUUGCCAAAACUUACUGCUUAAUGAUUUCCAGCACAAUCCUAUGCGUGUCUUUUAUUAAUUUCAAUGUCUAGGGUUGCUACCUUGUUUGAAGAUAAAUUGAGAUCUUCUAUACCUUCCUAUUGAUGUUUUGUAACCCAAAAUAUGUGUAUCAAUUUUGUAUAUUAGAUUGUAUAUUGUAUAAUUCAGUGAGCAGACAAUCACAUUUAUUAUUAGACAGAAUUGAAACACAUAAAUGAAGCUAUUCAGAAUACAUCAAUUGUUCCUGCAAAUGUAAUUUGAACUCCAUGAAACAUUAAUGUGUGAAGUACAUAAUGCUUUUAGACUACAAAGUAAAAACAAAUGAAAAAUUGGAAUGAUAUUAAAAGUAUGCAUCGACGUAGGUUUUCCUCUUCUCUAGUCAAAGCAUGUUUAUUACACCAGGAAGGAUAGGUGUAUGCAUUUGGACAAAUGAUAAUGUGCAAUGCAUAUUUAUGAAAUGAUGUAUGUGCACUUAUACACAUAUAGAAAUAGUAAUAUUGUGCAGGCUCAAUAGCCUCUUCCUUUCAAGGUUACUUAAAAAAUAAAGACAAGCUAUAGAGGUUGUCUAGAGAAAGUAUUUUUCUUUCUUUAAUUACAUGUUGAUAUCACUUCAAGGUCUAGAGCUUUGGGGGUUUUAUGUAAACAUUUUAAGUAAGAAAACUGGCAGUGGUGACAUUGUGCCCUGAUAGGCAAAUAAAGAGGCAGACACAUAAGACGGGGUUGAACUGAGUCACUUUUAUUUAGACCUUAAUUUGAAAUCAGCGGAGGGGGAACUAACUUAGCUGUAUAACUUAGCCCUUGCCUAAGGAAUUGGGGCAUGCCUUCCUAGCCUGCCCCAAUUCCCGGGCCACACUCUGAAGGUGGGAAGGGAGGCCUUAUCUCGUCUCCAGCCCCCGGGACCACAGAACCCAAGGUGGAUGAGGGAAUCUGGCCUCAAAGGAGGCUCCUGUCUCACCUCAGAGCCAACCUGUCAACUGAAAGGUGCCUAAAGGGCAUCACCAGGCUAAACCAAACUAUUUCUUUCCCCGCACUUGCACUGCCAAAAGUGAUAAAAUCAAGAAGAUUAACCUAUUUAAACAACACUCUGAGAUUUCUGAGUAUAUGGCGGUACAGUGGUACGUCGGUUUACAAACACAAUUGGUUCCGGAAGUCUGUACUUAACCUGAAGCAUACUUAACCUGAAGCGAACUUUCCCAUUGAAAGUAAUGGAAAGUCGAUUAAUCCGUUCCAGACAGUCCGUGGAGUACUUAAACUGAAGCGUACUUAACCUGAAGUGAACUUUCCCAUUGAAAGUAAUGGAAAGCGGCCGGGUCCGCAGAGUACUCAACCUGAAGCAUACUUAACCCGAGGUAUGAGUGUAAUUGGUUCCGGGGGUCCAUACUUAACCUGAACCAUACUUAACCUGAAGCAAACUUUCCCAUUGAAAGUAAUGGAAAGUGGAUUAAUCCGUUCCAGACGGGUCCGCGGAGCACUUAAACUGAAAGUACUCAAACCGGGGCGUACUUAAACCGAGGUCUGACUGUAUAUAAAUUUAAUAAUAGUAAUAAUAAUAAUAAUACCAUCUAGCACUCUGUCCUGCUAUUCAGUGUGAAGUAGGCACAAACCCAAUCUGUGAUCCCAAAUGCAGAUUGGGAAAAAUUCCUACGUGGUAACCCCAAAGCAUACUGGGAAACAGGGGGGGGGGUGCUGCUGCAAAUGGAGAGACUGGAGGGAAGGCAAGUCCUGCCCACUCACUUUCACCACCUUAGAAAUGCACCAAUCGGUGCAGGGAAUUUUCCUGCUCUACCUCUCUUGUCCAACAGCUCGCAAAGGCGUCUAGUCUUCUUGGCACCAGGCUGAAAGUUCUUCAUUUAAAAAAAAAUUUCAAAUAGUGGGCCAGGACCCACCAGUGUGCCUUUCCAAUGAAGGAGAGUCCACCACCUUUUGAGGUAGUGUGUUCCAAUGUUGAACAGCUCUUGCCAUCAAAAGGUUAUUCAAAAUAUUUAGUCAAAAAACAUUUUUCUUGUAAUUUGAAGCCUUUGCUUCUGGUCCUACCCUCUGGAGAAGCAGAAAACAAGCUAACUCCAGCUUUCAUGUGAAAAUCUUUUAUCACCAUUAAUUUUUAAUUCUCGGGCGAAAUGCUUUCUCCCCUAAAGCUCCAAAAGGAAAACCUUUCGUUAGUCUUCUUAUAGUAGGGACACAUUUGUGAAUAGUUGUGUUUGAUGUGCACUGCUGUUCACUUAAUAUGUGCAGUUUACCACUUUAGUCAACUUUUCUCAAAGUAGCAAACCUGAUCCACAUACAGAAAUCAAUAGAUGGAUGUAGAUAAUUGUGUCUGGAUUGAGUAUAUAUCCUUAUAUUGUCAAUAUUUGCUAAGCUUGACAUCUGGCAUUUUUAUUUAUGCUCAGAUCAUUUGGAUAUUUUAUUUUGUUUUAAUCUAGAAACUACUGCUUCAAGUUAAUAUAAGGUGGAUGGGGGCAUUCCAGUGUGGUAAAUUGCAAAGUCUAAGCCAUUUAUAAGUGUGACAGUAGUAGAUUACUGUGGAAAAAAAUAGUCUCAUAUUUGCAAUGAUGGAGAGAAAUCCAUAGAAUGAGGUUAUAGAACAGAGCAAGAAUUAUUGAAAAAAGAAGAAGCUGAAUAACCAGCUACAUGAUGGAAAUAUUUGUAUUCCCAAUCCAAUUAGGUUGUGGCUAAAUCCGCUUGAAACAAGUUGGCUAUGGUUAAUAUAGGGUUAAUAUAGGGCUAUGGUUAAUAUAGGGUUAAUAUAGUUCUGUAAUUUAUCUGGGAACAAGUCCCACUGAACACAGUGAGGCUUCUGAGUCGACAUUUGUAGGAUUGCACUGUCAUAGAUUAGUGCUUAUGAGUAAUUUUAGUGGCUAUGAUAAAAAAUACCUUUAUUUACAUAUUUAAUAGUUCCUCACUGUUAUUACUCAGUCUGAGAUGCAAUAACUUAAGAUAGUGGUCAUGUAUCAGUAUAUAGUGUGUUGUGUAGAAAAUAGUAGAAAGUGAUCUUUUAAAAAAUUGCUAUGUUUUAUUCAGCCAGUCAGAAAUAAUCAAUUAAAAGUAGCAGGUUGAACCCAGAGAAGUUUCCUCUCUUGGGGGAAAAACCUUUCUAAAAUGUAGAAAACUCUUCUUUUGCAGGAAGGUACACUGGAUCCAGCCAAGUAUCUAAAUCCCUUGCUGAAUUUAAAUAAUGUAUGACAUUUGCAGCUCAAUCCUCUGCAGAUUUAUACAGAAGUAAAUCCCCACAGUGUUGAAUGGGACUUACUUCCAAGCAAAUGUACAUAAAAUGUGUGUCUUAGAUAUUUGUUAUUGAAGUGAAAUGCUGAAAUCAGUGAAAUUCUGUCACUGGAAACAACUUCACUUCUGGGAGUAAAAAGUUCAUUGGUUGAAGCAGUAUAAAAAUACUCCUGCAACCAUAAUAAAACAUGAGAUAUUACAUAAUUCACUCCUUUUUCUUCAAACAGACUCAUGAUUUUUUCCUCAGGUGACUAAUACAUUUUAUUGCAAAAUGCAUACUAUUUUGCUCUCCAUAAUGUAGACACGAUCGUAUGAAAGAAGGAGAUAUUUACUAGAUUAGAGGAACUGUCCUGCCACUUUCCCCUCAUGGAUGCCUUGCUUUGCCAAUUGAAGUCUUUAGGGGUUUUUUAAGCUAUUUAUUUGAAUGGUCAGAUUUAGAAUGUAUAUUCUUGCCUGUGAUAUAUAUAUAUAUAUAUUACCAAAGGUAUAUUUGAAGCAGAUGCCAUCACAGAUGUUGCUUGAUCAACUCAAAUAUGAAGGAAGGAUACUGCAAAUGAGAAGAUGGGGGAAAUGUCAACAUUUUCCUAAUAAUAUGUUGAUUUCUCUAAAUUUUUCACUCAGUAAUUAAAGGGUUUUCCUUUUCUGUGAUGCCAAAAUUCUUUCAGAAUCCAUUCUACCUUAUCUCAGAAUAUGUGUAAAAACUUGUUGAACAUGACUUGUUUCCUAAUUCUGUCUUAUGUCUGCUUCAGUUCUUCUGCCUGUUUCAGGUAGCAAAAUAUAUUAAGUAUGUUGAAUGUGCAAAGCAGUAGUAUUAUUCAUAUUUUUUUGUUUAAUUACAGGUAAAGAUUAUAGUUCCCAACAGCACAGCAGGUCUGAUAAUAGGGAAGGGAGGUGCUACAGUCAAGGCUAUAAUGGAGCAGUCAGGGGCUUGGGUACAGCUUUCCCAGAAACCUGAUGGGAUCAACUUGCA